AUGGCCGGGUUUUACUAUGCCAUCAUCAAGUUCAUUCUCCCUUACUCAAUUCUGUCUGGUUGGUUCCCCGCCUCACUGUCUGAGGUUCAGACUGUGAAGGUCCAGCCUGGUGACCAAGUCACCUUGACGUGCACCAACAUUUCCAACAAUGCUAAUUAUACAGAGUGGUUCAGACAGGUGGAAGGGUCCAAACCUCAAUGCAUCGCCUCCAUGUACGAAGCCCGUAGCAGAGCACAACUCUGCGAUGGUUUCCAAAAAUACAAAUAUCAAAUAACAGCUGAUAUGUCCUAUGCGUUUCUGAUAAUCAAGUCUGUGGAUUUAUCUGACUCUGGACUAUAUUACUGUGGGUUUUACACAUCUGCAUACACAGCCAUUGGCAAUGCCAUAUUUUUAAGGGUUCAAGAUGAGUCUGUUGGACCAUCAUUUCUGAUUUUCGGGCUCCUCAGCAGUGUGAUUGUUAUCCUCAUCCUGAUCAUCGUGGGUGUCAUUCUCAAAAUAAGCCGACAAAGUCAUCUACUGACAGAGGUGAAUCACCAACUGCAACCGCAAAGAAGCGAAAAUUUGGCCUCAUGUGACCCGAAUUACGCAGCUCUGAGUUUCCAUCCAAAGAAGAAGAGAAGCAGGAUGCCUAUGUCAGAAAGAGAAGUGCAAACUAAUGUUGUGUAUGCCACCACCAGAUAG